GUGCUUAGUUUUCGAGAAAAUCAACCAAAUUAUUAAUAGUUGUCUCCGCAUAUCAAGCUUGGAUAGCGUAAAGUAUCAUGAUACAGAAAAUGUUACAUACAUCAUCUUUAAACCAGUAGACGAGUGAGGAACUCUUACUUUGAAAUUUAAUUUGGCGUGCCCUCUUUAUGAUCACGCUGUCUGCUUUCACACGGACGCAAGAAGGAGAGGCGCGACAGGAUUUCAGAGGCGGUGCCGCUGCCCGUGUGGACGAAGAAUGCAGACCAUAAAGUGUGUAGUGGUGGGUGACGGGGCAGUCGGCAAAACAUGCCUUCUCAUUUCCUACACGACAAACGCCUUUCCCGAGGAGUACAUCCCCACUGUGUUUGACAACUAUAGCGCUCAGAUGAGCGUUGACGGCCGUACAGUAAGCCUUAACCUUUGGGACACAGCAGGGCAGGAAGAGUACGACCGCCUGCGCACACUCUCUUACCCGCAAACGAACGUCUUCAUCAUUUGCUUCUCCAUCGGAAGCCCCUCCUCCUGUGCUAACGUUCGCCACAAGUGGCACCCGGAGGUGUCCCACCACUGCCCGAGUGUACCCAUCCUUCUGGUGGGCACCAAGAGGGAUCUACGCUCCGACAAGGAAACGGUUAAGAAGCUGAAGGAGCAAGGGCUCGCGCCAACGACCCAGCAGCAGGGCAGCGCGCUGGCCAAACAGAUCGGCGCAGUCAAGUACAUGGAAUGUUCUGCGCUUCUCCAGGAGGGCGUACGGGAGGUGUUCGUAGAGGCCGUUCGUGCUGUGCUCUACCCUGUGACCAAAAAGAAUGCGAAGAAGUGCGUGCUUUUAUAGUCUGUGCAUUGAGAACUGUCAGCGGAUAUGAACUUGACCGCAGUCGAAAACCAGCCGCGCUGUGUCUUUCUCCAUCUCUUCUUAUUUACGCCUCUUUAAUCGCUCUUUCAGGUCUCUUUGGCUCAUUUGCGGGCUUGUUGACGCCUUGUUUCUUCAUGUUAUUUUAAAUCAGUAAGCCGAAGUUCCUCACCUGUUUUUCUAAUGAUUAAUAACAAUGUUUUAGCAGAACCACUCAAUGAAAGAUGCAUUCGCAAACAAAUUAACGGUGUUGUGUUUCGCAAUGCUUUGCAUUCCGAUAAGUGUGCAAUAUAACGAAGACUGUUGUGUGACCAAGGCUCAUUUAUGCAACGAGUUUGUCUUAAUGCCUCUAAUGAGGAAAACUCAUCAGAAUGUGUUUAUAGUCCCUCUGCGGGACGUUUCCCAGCCAAAUCUGAUGUGCCUUUUGAAAUGCAAUUUAAAUUUGAAUUUUUCUAACGUACAUUUUGUAUUUUAACCAUAUCUGUGCAGUAUCGCCAAAGCAAUAUUUGAUUGAGUUUUAUUAAUAGUAGAAUAUUUGGGUUGUACUGGCCAACGGGUGACUCUUAUUAUGAAAUGUCUAGGUUUUAUUUCGCACCAAAACCAAAAGAUUUUUUCCCCAUAAUGAAAUGCACAUUUUAGGCCCGUUUAAUAUUUUAAAUUGUGGCAAUAAUUUAAUGAAUAUAAAGUACAUUUUAAUCCUAAAAUUUUAAACGUGUAUAAUAAAGUUAUAGAAAUAAUCUUGUGGCAACACUUUACAAUAAAGUCGUAUUUAUUAGCAUUAGUAAAUGCAUUAGGGAUCACAAACUAACAUUUAACAAUUUUUACUAUUAAUUACAGCGUUUACUAAAGGAGUAUUCCAGGUUCAACACAAGUUAAGCUGAAUCAACAGCAUUUGUUACCGUUGAUUACCACUAAAAAUUAUUUCGACUCAUCCUGCCAUCCUGUAAAUCAUUGUAACGAUGAGGCAACUUACAAUGGAAGUCAAUGGGGGCCAAUCAGUAAUCGUUAAGAUACUCACUUUUUAAAAAAUAUGGCCAUAAGACCUAAAUAUUAUGCUUUUUAAUGAUGAUUUUUGUUCAAUAAACUGAUCGCUUACUUGCCUUUUCUGUUUAAAGUUAUAUCUAAUUUUACAGCUUUGUUGCCAUGACAACGUAACAGGGCGUAAUCCCUAAAACAACAGUGAACAUUUUAAUUUAAGCAACUUUACAGCUCAAAUAAUACACGAGUUUCAACAGAGGAAUUAAUGUAUGUGCUUUUAGAAAAUAAUAAGCUUCACAUUUCUGCCUUUUAAACCCUCCAAAAAUUGCCCCAUUGACUUGCAUUGUAAGAGCCCCACUGUAACGUCGAUUUUUGCUACUUUUUAGUUUUUUUUUUUAAGAAAAGCCGGGACGAGUUGAAAUGGUAUUUUGUUGUAUUUAGCAUUAUCCCACAAAUGCUGUCAAUUGAGCUCAUCUUGAAUUAAACCCGAUAUAUUGCUUUAAACUCACUAAAUGUUAAUAUAUAAAAAUACAAUUGUUCAUGGUUGUUCACAAUGCAUAAACAAAUUUUAGCAUAUACAACUUUUACGUUAAAAACAUUUUAGGACGUGUUGAAAUGAACAUUUAUCAUGAUUAAUAAGUACUUUAAAUGUUGUUCAUUGUUGGUUCAUGUUAACUGCAUGUUAGCUAACAGCCUUAUUGUGAAGUGUUACCUGUUUUAAAUAAAAACGACAGAGUAGUACAAAAAUACGAUUAUUUUACAAUUUAAAUAUAGUUGUUGUUGUUGUUGUAUUACAGGAAUGAGAAUAUGCCUAAUUGUCUUAAAAUAAUGCCACUGUUAAAAUCUUGGACAUUUCUCAUGGGAUUUACCUUUAAUCAUGUGACCUCAGUGUGGGAGUCAUUCUGAGAAUUGUUCCUUGUGGAAACAUCUCAACAAAAGGCUUUUAUUAAUGGCUACAUCUCACUGUGACGCUAAACAAGUAUUAGUCAUGCCUGUAUUAUCAACCUGUUCAAUUUGGGUUAGCCCGUAUUUCCUGGUUAGAUUUUCUACAUAAAGAGAUUGUCUGUCAGGUUGACCUGCAUGCCUUACCGGAGUUCACAACAAAGCCUUUGACCAGCAGUUUGCCUUAUUUUCUGUUGUCAUGUCAGUUUGAUUCAGCUUUUAGUAAAUGCCUCACUCUUUGCUGCAUUGCGUCACUGUGUGACAUAAAAUAUGGUUAAAAAACACCUCCUAGACCAAAGAAUGAGCUGCAGGCAUGCGUGACUGUCGUUGCGCUAAUCUACUGCGUCCAUAGUACAAACCCAUAACUAUUUCGACAAUUUCGCCAAAUUUAGUCUGUCACAUGAUUUCUUUCAACAACAUUGGCAGAUGUUUAAUUCUACCAAGAUCUGAUUAUCUUGAUCUAAACAUGGGGAAAACCAAGUUAAACCACAUUAAGUAUACGUCAAUAUUACCGCACUCGCACAAUGUUCUCAAUAUUCGAGUCUGUUUCCAAUAUUAUUGUUGUAAAUUUCCACUUAUCUCAACAGUUAAAAAGAUAAUCGCACGCCGUUUGAGAUGCAUGUUAUGAUACGCCUGUUUUACUCCAUUUUACCGAACAAUGACUUUACCGGUUAAUGUGUGAUUUGUGUUCUUCAUCUUAAAGUGGUGGUCAAACAUUUUGCAAAACUGACAUUACUGAAUAGCAGCGUGGUAUGAAAACAGACGCUGUUGAAACCUGUGACUCCGUUUCACUCACACCCAACGUUUAAUAACUGAUGCAGUCAAACUUCUAAAAUACCUUGCGUUUUAAAUGUGUGCUCUUCUUCUUUGUCUGUCAAAUGUGACCAAUGACUGCCUUUGAAUAGAAAGAUUUAUUGCUAUAACUGGACUUGUAUAUGUCAGCCGUUUGAGUCACACCUGAUAUGAAUCGCAACAAUGUUUGCAUCUGUUGGAGAGAUCAUUUCUUGUUUUGAAAUGAGCUUGAAUGAAUUCCAUGUUGCCGAACUGAAUUAAACAUUGUGUUGUUGUUGAGAUAUGUAAGCUGUUAUCUUUAGUAGGUGUGACGUGUGCGAGGGUGAGUGCACGUGUGAUUGUGACAUGUACUGGUGAGCUGGUUUCUAUUUUAUCACUUCAAUGUAAGCGGACAGUAAGGCCUCAUGCUGCAUACUGUCUGCGUUUUAUGGUAUGUGGUACUACAUUUAUACACUGGGAACUUGAUUUUGUCGAAAUUGCAUUUUUAUAACCAAAAUAAAUUGUAUAAAUGAACUAACCGUGAAAUUUAUUUUAAAUUAUGCUGAAUAAAUGUUUA